AGCCCAUAAGCCGCAAUGCCAAAACCAGGUUUCUACGCUGUCAGAUUCGGGAGACGUCCAGGAGUGUACAUUACCUGGGCAGAAUGCCAACAACAGGUACAUAUGUUCCCCGGUGCUGUAUUCAAAAAGUUUGGCACUUAUGACGAAGCUAGUUUAUGGGCAUCUCUAAGGCCACAAACUCCUCCACCGCCGGAAACAUCAGAGACAGAUCGGAAGGAUGGCCUGAAAGAAUCAGAUAAGGGAAAGCGUAUCAGUGAUUCUGCCGACCCAUCAGCUCAACAUGGUCCGAGAUCCUCUUCCAAGGCAUCACCCUCACAUCCUCUGCAUCUCCCGUACCAACAGGAUUGCAAGCGCGAACGGUCAGAAGACACUGAUGAUACGGAGUCACCAGGAAGGAAAGCAAAGGCAGGCAAGCACGAUCGUAAUGAAGAUAAAAACGGGUAUGAUGGGUUCACGGCCAUGGAUGACUAUAUAUCGGUACUUCCCCCAGAUGAUGAGGCCGGCCAAAGCUCUUCAACGCAAGUAGACGGCAAUAUAACGACGGCAGAGCUUCCUGCAGUUGGAGGGGAGCCUGAACUUUCUUCUCAGCAAUCAGAAAUCCUCGCAAAGAUCAUGAACGGUGAAAACUUCUUCUUUACAGGAUCCGCUGGUACGGGGAAAUCUGUUUUGUUACGAGCUAUCAUCAAAGCAUUCAAGGAGAAGGAAGGAGAGAGAGAACAGAGAGAGGCCACCCGAUCAUUCAGGAGUUGGCAAGGAUACCGUGGGGCCCAAAAAGCGGAGAAAGAAGAAGUAGUCAAAUGGUCACUUGCAGUCACAGCAAGCACCGGUAUGGCUGGCGUGAACAUUGGCGGUACGACGAUUCACUCUUGGGCAGGGAUAGGACUUGGCGUAGACAAUGCAGAAAAGCUGGCUAAUAAAGUCCGGGCCAAUGCGCUAUCUCGCAAACGUUGGAGAACAACUGCAGCUCUAGUCAUUGAUGAAAUUUCGAUGAUUGACGCCCCACUCCUCGACAAACUCGACCACAUCGGCCGUAUAGUUCGCAACGAUGACCGUCCCUUUGGAGGUAUCCAACUCAUCCUCACCGGAGACUUUUUCCAACUCCCACCUGUGACUAAGGGCCAGAUCCCUCAAUUCGCUUUCGAAGCUAAAUGCUGGCCCAAACUUUUCUCUCACAAAAAUAUUAAGACCCUCACCCGCGUAUUCCGUCAGCGAGAUGACAGAUUCAUUAAUAUGCUCGAAGCUAUGCGUCGGGGUACUAUCACGCCCGAUGACACUGUACUCCUUCAAUCUCUUAACCGUCCGAUCGAAUACCCAGAUAACAUCGAACCGGUUGCCCUUUACCCUCAAAAAAGAGAUGUGGAAUUUGUCAAUAGCGCUCGGCUAGAUGCUUUACCUGGAGCGGUAACGCUUUAUGACUGUCACGACGAACCGGGAUUCACCGCUGGUGGUUUCCCAAUCAGUAGAACAGAGGCAACUAUCAAACUGAACAAGAAUACCAUCUGGCCUCAGCACCUGUCACUCAAAGAAGGUGCGCAGGUCAUGCUCGUAACAAACAUGGGUGAUGGCGUCCUAGUGAAUGGCUCAACCGGUACUGUCGUCGACUUUCUCACUAUCCCAGAUGCUAUCAAACGGGGUAUCCAUCUACCCGAAGCGGCUAUCAAAGGCCAAACAUCGAUGGAUCUGGAAUUUCCGGUAGUAGCAUUUGCCCAAUCUAAAUUUGCGAGGAAGAAGGUCCCAGAAAGAGUUAUCAUCCCUUCGAUGAGCGUUGAUAUGCUGAAUGCUUUGGGACAGCCGGAAGCGACUAGAUAUCAAAUCCCGCUGAUCUUGGCAUGGGCACUUACCAUCCACAAAAGCCAAGGUCAAACACUGGAGCGAGUUAAGAUUGAUCUUGCCAAAAUUUUCGUUGAAGGUCAGACAUAUGUUGCUAUCUCCCGAGCGGUCAGUUUAGAUAGUUUAGAAGUCCUCAAUUUCCGUCCCCACUCUGUAAAAGCCCAUUCAAAGGUCAUCGAUUGGGCAAGGCCAUACGAGGAAGAGCAAGCGGCAGAGGAGGAGUGGAAUAAUCUCGAGGAUAACAUUGGUAUAUUGUAUUAGAAGAGCAUCUUUCAUUAGCCACGCAUCAUAUCUCUCAAAUUAUCAUUUGUGUACUCGACCGCCCAUGUCCCAUUUGUUCAUAUCAAACAUGUAUCAGCCGUCGAU